ACCAGAAGUACAAAACCCGAAAAACUUGUUUUUUUCUCCACUCCCAUUCACAAAAACCGCGUGCCCUUCUACCCCCAGAAUUUGAAAAUCAUGAACCCCCAUUACGACAAAACCAACUCACCCGCGAAGCCUCCAUAGCUAUAUUAUAUAGCCAAACGCCAUUAAUAUAUAGCUCACAACCAAAAUAUCAGCCUUGUUUUUUGUCAAUAUAGAAAAACUGUAUGCUACUCCUGUACUCGUCAAGAUUAAGAGAAAAUGUGUAGAACCACUGAUUUUCUUGGGUUCUUGCCCAACAAAGAUCGAAGUAAUUUAAAGAUCAAAGCUUUUUUUGUCCGUUUUUCUGGUUUAAAUUCUGGCAAGACUUUGUCUGAUUCUCUCAUUCUUCUUGUUCGUGGCUCUAAGGUAAGGCCUGAUUCUCCUGCAUUCCUGACGCUACAUCGACUAGUUAAUGUGAAAACCAAGAAAGGAGAAGUGAUCUUUGGGUCAAGAGAGCCGGUUCGGACAAGUGGAGCGGUUCGGUUUGAGGUCUACUUAGGAGAUGAGACAAUCUUGAAAGGAAUGUUUAGUAAAGAUGAUAUAAAGGAAGAGGAGGAGUGGAUGUUGGACUUGGAGUUUAUGCGUUGCUUCGGGAGUGAGGCAUUUGGUGGCGGUUGUGCGGCGGAUGUUGCGGUGGCCGUAGAUGGCCAAAAGGCGGUUUUGUGUGGGAGAGUGGAGAUGGUGUUGGAGAAAAAGAUGAAUAAGAAGAGAAAAGGAGGGUUUAAGAGACUGGAGGUUAUUCCAGAGGAGAGAGAGGAAAGUAACGAUGAUAAUGGUCAUCAUGGGGAAUCUGUCAGUGUAUCGGACUCUGGAGAUGACCCGGAAGAAGGUCGUGGACCUGAUUGUCAUAUGAUGGAUAUGGAUUUAGAUUUGGAAGGAAUGAAGUGGGCUGCUGAUUUGGGUAUUUUGGUUUUAUGUUUAGGAGUUGGGUACUUGGUUUCUAAAGCUUCUGCUAGGAGCUUGAGACGUUUGAGCCUAUUUUAGGCUUUAAACAACGUUUGUUUUUCUUGACACACUAUAUCUUUUUCUAUUCAUUGCUGUACGUAUUUGUUAACGGAGAAGCAGAAAUUGUAAAGAAUCUAUCACUUAAAUCAAUUUUGCGAUUACCAUGA